AGAUUCGGUCUCCGUUGUUAAAAUCCUUGAAAAAAUUGAAUCAAAUGAAUAAUAAAUCUAGAGAGAGAAAGUGGUAGUGUAGUGGGAGAAAAAGCACCCCAAAUUCCAACUACAGCAAAGCUUUUGGUGUACUCUACUACUUCCACAUUACAGAGCUGAGCGAAAAGGACUUUUGGGGACUCGCGAGCUUUUCUCUCCCUUCUCGGUUACGUACAGUCUUUCAAAGUUUACCCCCCUCUCCUUCUCUCUUUCUUUCUCUCUCUACUUUUUCUCUUUCUAUAUCAGAUUUCACCACUACCCUCACUCUCUCUCUCUCUACCCUGUAUCGCUCUGGUUUUGGUUGAUCUAAGUUGAUUUACAUCAAAAGAAGCCAUUGAAACUCUAAAUUUGGAUUAGUAUGCGGGUAUAGUUUUGCUUUAUAGAAGAUUUUUAUAUAUUUUCUUGUGUACAUACAAAGACCCUGUGCAAAUAUGUUCACUGAAGGACUUGACAACAAUGGUCGACGAUGGGUUAGAGAGGGUUCUGUUAAUCAGAAGAAGGAAGUUCCUUACUCAAUGUCGAACCUAAGACCUCGAGUUGAUCCCAUUUUUAACACGCGGAGUGGUGGUACUCAAGGUGUUAGAUUGCCUCCUCCAUCGAAAUUCGUGAGUGGGCAUUUAUCCGGGGUAAUUCCAGUAUCACGAGUCAUGCCCGGUGAUGUGGAUGAUAGUGGCUCUGCCUCUGAGAAUGGUCUAACCACUGAUUCAGAAGAAGAGGAGGUUUAUGGGGGAAGAUACUCGCUUGAUUCGUCGUCGCCACAGGAUGAUAGAGUUCCUACAAAUGCUGCUGCUAGAAGAUACUACAAUCCUUCACAGAGGCGACCGGCUUAUGCCAGUGAUUCUAUGUACUCCGGUGAUGUUAGUUCGUCUAGGGAAACUCUUGAUAGAGGGCAUGGAAAUGUGGCGGAGAGGCUUAUGAGGGGAGCCAAUCGGUACCCGGUUGGAACGAAUGGUCAUACGAUUCACACUGAGGACGAGUCCUCAGAUUCUCCCACUAGCUCUGAAUUUUCAACCUCACAAAUGGGUAGUAAGAAUGGACCCGUGCCUCGCUCAACUAUGUAUGCUUCCGAGGGGUAUUCAUCUAGUAUUCCUUCAUGGAUGAAUGGGGAAAGUGCUCCUGAAAAGGAAUUACAUGCUAAAAACUUGCAGAAUGGAAGGCUCUCUGAUGAUGAUAUUCCAAGUGCUCCUCCUUUUUGUGGUUCUGCCAUAAAAACUGAACAAAGUCCAAUGCGUAGUGAACGGUGCACACCUCGUGUAGCUGAUUCAGAUGAUUUUUCUGUCAGAAAUGAAAAAAAUAUUUCGGAAAGCAUACCUGCUCAGGCUGCUCGGGUUUAUCCACAGGAUAAUGCUGGACAGAAGAUACCUGACCCGUCUGUCAGGACUGCUGCUGGCAUAGAAAGUGGUACACCUUCAGGUUCAUUUCCAGCUCGCCUCCCUACAUUUCAUGCAAGUGCGCAAGGGCCAUGGCAUGCUGUGAUUGCAUAUGACGCUUGUGUUCGACUUUGCCUUCAUGCUUGGGCAAGGCAAUGCAUGGAAGCGCCCAUGUUUCUGGAAAAUGAAUGUGCUCUGUUGCGAAAUGCAUUUGGUUUGCAGCAAGUGCUAUUACAAUCAGAAGAGGAACUAUUGAUGAAGCGCACUUCAGAGCUCUCUAACGAGGGAUCUGCCCCAAAACCUAAGAAAAUGGUUGGAAAGAUGAAGGUGCAAGUUCGUAAGGUUAAAAUGGGUCUGGACCCACCCACAGGCUGCAGUUUUUCAUCCCUAAGGACACCAAAAAUAAAACUAGAAUCUGUUCGAUACCACUUCUCUAGUUUACGUUCAACACUUUCUUCUGGAUGGCAAGCAGUGCGGAAAAUCCGUUUUGUACCUCGUAUACCUGCAAAUGGUUCUUUUCCUCGCCAGAGUUUGGCAUAUGUGCAAGCAAGUGCUCAGUAUGUAAAACAGGUAUCUGGACUCCUCAAAGUUGGCGUUACAACUCUGCGCAGCAGUCCUUCAUCUUAUGAAGUAGUGCAAGAAACACACUCUUGCUUGUUGCGGCUAAAAAGUUCAAGUGAAGAGGAUGCCAUUCGGAUGCAACCUGGAUCUGGUGAAACCCAUUUAUUCUUUCCAGAUAGCCUAGGGGAUGAUUUAAUUGUUGAAGUCCAGGAUUCCAAGGGGAAGCAAUAUGGUCAUGUCCAUGCUCAAGUGGCUGCUAUUGCAGAAGAUCCAGGUGACAAACUACGCUGGUGGUCUAUUUAUCGUGAACCAGAGCAUGAGCUUGUUGGAAGAGUACAGCUUUACAUAAAUUAUUCAACAAUUCUAGAUGAAAACAGUAAUCUUAAGUGUGGCUCUGUUGCAGAAACUGUGGCGUAUGAUCUGGUAUUAGAAGUUGCAAUGAAAGUGCAGCAUUUUCAACAAAGAAAUUUAUUGCUUCAUGGACAAUGGAAGUGGUUACUGACUGAAUUUGCAUUAUAUUAUGGGGUUUCCGACGCAUACACAAAGCUAAGGUAUCUUUCUUAUGUCAUGGAUGUGGCUACGCCUACAGCUGACUGUCUCACGCUUGUGUAUGAUUUGCUAUUGCCCAUAGUUAUGAAGGGCCACACUAAGAGCACAUUGAGCCAUCAAGAGAACCGUAUCUUAGGAGAAACAGAAGAUCAAAUUGAACAGAUCCUUGCUCUGGUUUUUGAGAACUACAAGUCACUGGAUGAGGCAGCACCAUCUGGGAUUAUGGAUGUUUUCAGGCCUGCAACUGGACUUGCAGCACCUGUGUUGGAGCCUGCUGUAAAGCUGUAUACUCUUCUUCAUGAUGUAUUAUCUCCUGAAGCACAGAAUAAACUGUGCAGCCAUUUCCAGGCUGCUGCAAAGAAGAGAUCAAGAAGGCACUUAACCGAGACGGAUGAGUUUGUUGCCGGCAAUAGUGAAGGCAUUUUGAUGGAUACUGUUACUAUUUCUACUGCUUAUCAGAAGAUGAAAUCCCUUUGUUUGAACAUCAAAAAUGAAAUUUCUACUGAUAUAGAGAUCCACAAUCAACAUAUACUUCCCAGUUUUAUAGACCUCCCCAAUCUUUCAUCGUCGAUAUACAGUGCAGAACUUUGCAGUAGACUGCGUGCAUUCCUCAUUGCAUGUCCUCCAGCAGGCCCCUCACCUCCUGUAGCCGAACUUGUCAUUGCAACAGCAGAUUUUCAGAGGGAUCUUGCCAGCUGGAAUAUUAAUCCUGUCAAAGGUGGAGUCGAUGCAAAAGAACUCUUCCAUUUGUAUAUUGUCCUCUGGAUUCAAGAUAAGCGCCUUGCUUUGCUCGAGUCAUGCAAAUUGGAUAAGGUUAAAUGGUCAGGAGUGAGGACACAACACUCA